AUGGCAGAGCUUGUCGUCGUGGCCAGGAGACUCUACGUCGAUAAAAUGGUACAUAUAAGUCUGCCCUCCUCGCUCAUAUGCUUCGAGAUGUCUCAUAAUCUGCAAAAGCAAUUAACUUGGCAAAUUGUUGCAAUGGCAGAGAAUAUCUACGCAGAAGACGAUGUUCCUGGCACGGUACGACUUGUGGACAUUGCGAGUCAAGCAACCUCCGCCCUCCAUGAUGCCUCUCACAGAGAUAUCAUCCUCGUCCCCCAGCCAAGUACGGACCCCAAUGACCCUCUCAACUGGACCGACCGCCGCAAACACCUGGCCGUGAGUAUGGCGUACUUGUACGUCCUCGGCACCGGCAUUGCUACUUCCCUCCAGUACUCGGUCCUGGCGGACAUCACAAAAGACACGGGUAUCUCAACCGCAGAUCUGGUACAAGGAACUGGGGUCAUGUUCUUGUUCUUUGGAUACGCAUGCUUGCUGUGGCAGCCACUAGCCCUUACAUACGGACGACGUGGCGUCUACCUUACCAGCAUGUUACUCACUGUCCCCAUGAUGGUAUGGACCGCGUACUCUACAUCAGCGAGCGAAUGGUUUGGACAUCGCGUUUUAAUUGGGAUCAUCGUCUCACCUAUCGAAUCUCUUUGUGAGGUCACGGUCUUUGACCUCUUCUUCGCCCACAACCGCGGGACUUACAUGGGUCUCUACGUCUUCAUCUUGUUCGGGUCGAAUUUCCUGGCUCCGCUCGUCGCUGGAUGGUUCAACGAUGCGUAUGGGUGGCGAUGGACCAUGCACUUCGGGGCCAUGAUCUGCGCGGUCUGCUUUGUGAUCAUGUUCUUCUUCAUGGAGGAGACAAUCUAUUUCCGACAGAGUCCCGUGGAGAGCAGGGAGAUCGACUUCAACGUGAGUGGGAACGCUUCUCUCCAAGAUAAGGAUAACACCAACAAUUCGGAAAAGGAUACGCCAACAACAAAGGCCUCGUCAAUGGAGACAUCAGUGCGUGACGCCUCUACUAUAAACCAAAGCAUCAACUCGGGAUGGAGGAAGUACUCAUUUUUCAAGGCUAUUCCUGGACGACCCAGCAACAUGGACAUGCUCAGGAUGGUCUACCGUCCCGUCAUUAUGGUCUUUCGCUUCCCCACUGUGGCAUGGGCUGGUUUCCUCUACGGCAUUAAUCUAGCAUGGUACAAUGUCCUCAAUGGCACCGCAAGUCCCGUCCUUACCUCAGCACCGUACAACUGGACGGCCGCUCUGGUGGGCUGUGUCUACACUGGUCCCAUCAUCGGCGCUGCGAUCGCUUCCCUGUGGUCCGGAAACGUGGCGGACUGGGUCGCGCUUCGUCUCGCACGACGCAACAAAGGUAUCCGCGAGCCCGAGCAACGUCUCUGGGUUUUGACGGUGUCUGGUGUCAUAUCUGCGGCCGGGCUCAUCGUUUGGGGCGUUGGUGCUGCCCACAACAUCCACUGGGUCGGCUUGGUCUUCGGCUUGGGGAUGCUGACAUUUGGCUGUGUCACUGGCGGGUCGAUGGCAGUGAGCUACAACGUGGACUGCUUCAAAGAAAUCGCCGGCGAGACCACCGUGUCGAUCAUGUUGAUCCGGAACACCAUCGGUUUUGGCUUUAGUUACGCCAUUACGCCUUGGUGGACCACCCAGGGCCUCCAGAACUGCUUCAUCACAGCCGCCAUGAUAUCAAUCGCUUGCACAUCGACCUUUUUGAUCAUGAUCAAGUAUGGGAAACGGAUCCGUCGUUGGUCCAUCCCGGCUUACCGCAAGUACAUGGCUACGACGGUAGUCUCGCAGGGUUGA